AAACGUGCACCAAAAAUGUCAACAAUCGAAUUAAUUUUUGUUUAUCUUUGUAGAUUGUUGAUGCAAUAUUAUCAAUUUGUUGUGUCAUGUUGAUUGCUUUAAAGAAAUGGUAAAUUAAUUUUAACAUCUAAAGAUUUCACAUUAGUCCAAAGGUAAUGAGCAAAUAGUUCAUUUGGUUUGGUAAUUAGGCUACAAUGGCUGCCGUCUUGAAUUCAAGUAGAAUAGGUUUUAAUUGUAUUAACACUAAAGUAAAAGUAAUUACUGUUAAUAGGCACCUCUUUUCCAUUCAUAAGUAUGCAGUUUAUUACAGCACACAGGGUAAUUUUGAAAAGACUGAGAAACCCGAAAAGAAGUCAAUCAGCGGGGGCAUUUUAGCUAUAGCUGGUAAAGUAAGAGCUUCAUUUACGCCGAAAGCUCAGCCAGUACGAGGAUGUUUUCACCCGGGAGCCUCUGUACUCUCCAGGGAAACGUUGCCUUUGAAACAGCAAAGUCCUGUAACUGGCAAACAAAUGGUUCAAAAUAUGCUACAAUACAUAUGGCCGGAAAAUGAUAAAGCAAUAAGGGAUAGAGUUAAACUAGCCGUAUCGUUACUUAUUGGUUCUAAGUUAUUAAAUGUAUGUGUCCCGUUCCUGUUUAAGUAUUCUGUUGAUUAUUUAAACGUGGGCAAUACCUUAAAUAUGGAUACGGCUCCCGAGACGGUAGCCACUGUUGCCACGAGUUUAUUAUUAGGAUAUGGUAUAGCUAGAGCUGGGGCCGCGGGUUUUAACGAAUUGAGAAACGCUGUGUUCGCCAAAGUAGCGCAACAUUCUAUUAGAAAGAUAGCCAAGAAUGUUUUUCUUCAUUUGCAUAAUCUCGAUAUGUCGUUUCAUCUUCAAAGGCAAACUGGAGCGCUAUCAAAAACAAUAGACAGAGGUUCCAGAGGUAUAAAUUUCGUCCUUUCUGCUAUGGUAUUUAAUGUAGUUCCAACAGUGUUUGAAUUAGCUUUGGUUUCAUCAAUUCUCGGUGUUAAAUGCGGUGCCGUGUUUGCUGGUAUUUCAAUGAGCUGUGUAGGAGUAUAUGCUUUGUACACUUUAACAGUGACUCAAUGGAGGACCAAAUUUAGGGUAUACAUGAAUAAAGCCGAGAACGAAGCCGGGAACAAAGCUGUAGAUUCAUUAAUAAACUACGAGACUGUUAAAUAUUUUAAUAAUGAAAAAUACGAAAGCGAAAGAUAUGAUAGUUCAUUAAAGAAAUACGAACAUGCUAGUUUGAAAACAGCAUCCAGUUUGGCUCUACUAAACUUUGGACAAAAUGCCAUAUUCAGUGCUGCCCUUAGUGGCAUUAUGUUGUUAGCUGCUAACGAAAUUGUUAAAGGAAAUAUGACUGUUGGGGAUUUGGUAAUGGUUAAUGGGCUUUUAUUCCAGCUAUCAAUACCACUUGGCUUUCUGGGAAGCGUUUACAGAGAAGUCAGGCAAGCCCUUAUAGAUAUGCAAACAAUGUUCACUCUAAUGACUAUGGAAAGUGCUGUAAAGAACAAACCGAAUGCACCUUACCUGUACGUAGAUCGCAAAAAAACUCCAAUAAAAUUCGAAGACGUUUCGUUUGAGUAUGUACCUGGAAAAGAAAUUUUGAGAAAUUUUAACUUGACUAUCGAACCGGGCAAAAAAGUUGCCAUAGUUGGUGGAUCUGGUUCAGGUAAAUCUACUUUGAUUCGUCUUCUGUACCGCUUUUACGAGCCCACAAACGGUCGAAUACUCAUUGGAAACCAAGAUAUAAGAGAUGUAGAUAUGGAGAGUCUUCGUAAAUCGAUAGCUAUUGUACCCCAAGAUAGUGUUUUAUUCCACGAUACAAUUAUGCACAAUCUUCAUUACGGAGACCUACAAGCUAAAGAAGAAGAAGUUUUAAAAGCAGCAAAACUAGCAGAAAUUCACAAUUCUAUAAUAACGUGGCCGAACGGGUAUAAUACCCAAGUGGGAGAAAGAGGGCUCAAAUUAAGCGGUGGAGAAAAACAGAGAGUUGCCAUAGCUAGAGCCAUUUUGAAGAACUCGCCUAUUCUAGUGUUUGACGAGGCUACUAGCUCACUAGAUUCAAUUACCGAACACAAUAUCUUGAAAGCUCUGAGAAACGCUAGUCAAGAUCGCACCAGCAUUUACAUCGCUCACAGACUGAGCACUAUCAUGGACGCUGAUGAAAUUAUCGUUUUGGAAAACGGGCAGGUCAGUGAUCAAGGAUCACACGAAUCGUUGCUUCAAAAUCAAUCUGGUUUGUACUGGCAAUUGUGGGACACUCAAAAUCAAGCACACAGGGUCAAUGCAGAUGUAAAAUUUAAUGUGUAAUAUUACUUUUAUUUGAUAAUGCAGGGUGACCCAUAUAAAUUGAUGUACGGUUUGUAACUGGAUAAGUUGUAUUGAAUUUGCAACAAGAAAAGAAUUAAUAUGAGAAUAUCUAAAACUUCUGUCAAACAAAAUAGUAAAGUAAUAUGGGUAGUCCCCUAAAUUUCAUAAGUCUUUUACAUUAUAUUUAGACAUCAUGUGUAUGUAAAUAAUAAAUUAGGAAACUAAUGUAAAAUGAAAAGCGACGAGGAUUUUUAAAAAUUAUUGGAUUUAUUGUAAAUAAAUGUAUGUACAGUUAUGUAAAAUGAAGUCUACAAGAAUAAAAAUUUUAUGUUUAAUUAC